GAAAUCUGCAACGCUCACCUGUCUGGUCAGAACAACUGGCUGCGCACCAACUACAUCCGGCGUGGCCCGGCCCACCAUGCCUACGUGGAGAUAACGUUCACCAUGAUGGAGUGCGCCUCCAUCUCCCGGGCCGGCCGCACCUGCAAAGAGACCUUCAAUCUCUACUACUACCAGGCCAACUCUGACCUGGCCAACGAGCACUUUCCUCCUUGGAUGGAGAACCCUUGGGUGAAGGUGGACACGGUGGCAGCCGACACCUUGGGCAGGCCGAGUGGACGUGGCAGUGGAAGCUCUAUGCGGUCCAACGUCAAGACUCUGCGCCUUGGCCCCUUGAAGUCGGCUGGAUUCUAUCUGGCCUUCCAGGAUCAGGGGGCAUGUAUGGCGGUGCUGGCGGUCCGCGUCUACUACCGCCUGUGCCCCGCCGUGGUGGCUUCUCUGGCCACCUUCCCAGAGACGGUCCCAGAUGGGCUGGUGGUAUCGGCGGAGGGCAGCUGUGUGGAAGGAGCAGAGGGGUCUCUUGGGAGGCGGCCUACUAUGUACUGCAAAGAAGAUGGAGAGUGGGCCAAGCCGGCCGCGGGAGAAUGUGUCUGCACCGCCGGGAGGGAAGAAAAAGAUGGCCGCACCAAAUGUACAGUUUGUCCCCCGGGAACUUUUAAACCCACCACUGGAGAGACGUUAUGCCAGUCCUGUCCGGCGCACAGUCAGUCAACGACCUCCGGUGCCACCAUGUGCAACUGCAAACCAGGGUAUUUCCGGGCCCCUGGGGACCCCGUCAAUUCCCCCUGCACCACUCCGCCCUCGGCUCCUCGGAGUAUUGUGCCGCAUGUGAAUGGCUCUACCGUAGAUCUGGACUGGAGC